AUGUUCAGCCUUUUUUCUAAGGCGCUCUCCUACUUCUGGAGACGUGCAGGUGACGAGGAAGGAGAAGAUGAGAGAUGGGCGGCCGCAGGUCAUAAAGAAUUAAAAACUGUACAAGGAGUAGUGACAAGAUUUUGCCAUGAUUAUGGGAUGAUAGAUGACAUGAUAAUCUUCACAAAGGAUGCUGUUACAAAAAAUAUGCCGCUGACUGUUGGACAGGAAGUUACUGCCACUGUUGAAGAGGAUAAAACAUCGGGUGGCUUGAAGGCCAUCAGGGUAGACGCAGUCCAGAAUUCAUGGGGAGAAUCCAAUCCUACUUGUGAUGCUUCUGAACUAAAUAUGAAAAUAUUAAUUGGCAACAUUACCUCUCUCUCUAAGGAUGGUGGCUAUAUUAAUCAGAAUACUUUUUUUGCAAUGGAAGACGUCUGUGAAGGUUUCACACCUUGUGAAGGUGACUGGGUGCAAGCGAAAUAUUUUAUUAACCCGACAACAUGGAACAGUGAAGCAGUUGCUGUAAAGCCUUUGAGAUAUAAGCGAGUAGACAAGGUUCGCAUUUCCAGCAUCUGUGGAAGAAGUGGUACAGUAGAUGAGAGUAUAUUUUUCACUUUGGAUUCACUGAGACUUCCUGAUGGCUAUUCACCUUGUAGACAUGAUCUAGUGAACACGGUUGUGGUGGAGAGCAAUCAGUCGUGUUAUAUUUGGAGAGCUCUCUGCUUGGUGCCAGUCAGCCAGGAUGGACAAUCUCACUCUAAUGCAGUCAAUCUGGAUGAGCCUUAUGAAGACCUAAUGAGAGACAAAGGAGAGUUGGAAGUAUCAAGAAUGACUAAUUUUGGAACUCUGAAGCAGGGAGAAUCUAAAAGAAUGAUCAUUUGGAUAGAGAAUAAAGGGAGUGUACCACAGUCCUUAAUCAGCUGCAGAUUAGCUGGAUGGGUGAAAGACAAGCAAUUCAGUUUUCAGAUUCCUCAAAAAUGUGACAACAGUCCAGAAGCAUAUCUGUCAUCUUUUCCAAUAAAUCAAGAAGACCUCUCAAAAGCUGCAAUUAAUUCAUAUAACGACAGUGGAGGAACAACAUAUGAGUCAUUGAAUAAUACAUCCAUUAUGAAGAACAGAGUCAUUCCAGAAGAAAUUAAUUCUCAGGAUACAAAUUUAUCAAGGACAAAAGAAAACUUUUCCUUGGUGAAAGAUGAAAAUCUACAUAAUGGAGAAAAUGAGCAAAGAGAAGAUAUGGAACAACCAAUAAAGCAUGUCAAUAUUACUGGAGAAAUUGUCAUACCACCAGGUGGAAAAACAUUCACAGUGAUCAUAUGCACAGCUGUAAAUCCUGGAUACAGUAAAGAACUCCUGUUGCUUGGUUUUUCUGAUUUUACUGUUGGACGCUAUAUUGAAGCCACUGUAACAAAUGAAGAAGAAUUACUAAUAGCACCUGUGGAACCAUUUUCUCCAAGAAAGCCUAAAAUUAUUGCAGAACCUCAGCCAAGGAAGACAACAGUGGUUGCUCCUAAGUACAGAAGAAAUCACAGAAAGCAGUUGCCAAGCUUUCUCCCGCGUUAUACCAUACCAGAUGAGUUAAGAAAAUGUGUGGAGCAGAAGUUAGACAUACUGACCUUUCAGCCUCUCCUAGCAGAGCAUCUUAAUCUAGAUAAUUACAAAGCAAACUUUUCUACUCUCUUGUGGCUUGAAGAGAUCCAUGCCGAAAUAGAGAUAAAAGACUUUAACAUGAGUGGGGUUACUUUGAAAAGGAAUGGGAACUUGUUAGUGUUGGAAGUGCCAGGACUGGAAGAGGGCAGACCUCACCUGAUUACAGGUGAUAAGGUGAUACUGAAAAGUCAGGUCUACUCUGAGCAUAUAAUAGAGUAUGUUGCCUAUAUUACUGAGAUAUGUAAUGAAGAUGUUACUCUUAAAUUUAAUGCAGACUUUGAACAGGCUUACAACUUGGAACCCAUGGAUGUGGAAUUUGUUCACUGCAGGAUUACUAGCAGGCGAUGCCAGUUGGCAGUUGAGCAAGCUAUCUACCUGGGUGAAAAAGUGUUAUUUCCGGAAAGGCUUGUGUUACAAUCACCACAAGCUAUCAAGACCCAGAAUGCUACUGAAUAUUGUGUUGCUGAUGAUGGCCUUGAACAAUGUUCCCAGCUGGAAAGUAAGGUCAAAAAACUGCAGAACAAAAAGGCAAAAUGCAUGGCAUCAAGGGAGAUGAACAUAACAGAUGUGAUGGGAGUAGCUGCACAAACAAGCCAACUUGUUGGUGAAACUGUGACACUUAAACAGAGAGCUGGUGAAUUUUUCAAUCCUAUGCUGAAUGAGCAACAGAAACUGGCAGUGAAAAGGAUACUGAGUGGCGAAUGUCGUCCAACACCUUAUGUUCUCUUUGGACCACCAGGAACUGGAAAAACCUUAACAGUAAUUGAAGCUAUUUUACAGAUACAUUAUACUCUACCAGAUAGUCGAAUUUUGGUUUGUGCGCCAUCAAAUGCUGCAACAGAUCUGAUUUGCUUGCGGCUGCAUCAAAGCAAUCUGUUAAAACCGGGAGCUAUGGUCCGAGUUAACGCUACCUUCAGGUCAGCAGAGCAAAUUGAUGACAUGGUGAAACCUUACUGCAAAGAUGGUGAUGAUAUUCGGAAAGCGUCGUGGUUCAGGAUAAUAAUUACCACAUGCAGCAGUGCAGGAAUGUUUUAUCAAACAGAAAUACGGCUUGGACACUUCACUCAUGUGAUUCUGGAUGAGGCAGGGCAAGCAAGUGAACCAGAGAGCCUGAUUCCUAUUGGGUUGAUUUCAGAAGCUAAUGGACAGAUAGUUCUUGUUGGAGAUCCAAAGCAGUUAGGGCCAGUAAUAAAAUCUCAAAUUGCACUGACUUUUGGAUUAAAUAUGUCCUUGCUGGAAAGACUGACAUCAAGAGAGAUAUAUCUGAGAGAUGAGGAUGCUUUUAGUGCCUGUGGAGCAUAUAAUCCUUUGUUGAUCACAAAACUUGUAAAGAACUACAGGUCACAUUCUGCAUUGCUUGCCUUGCCAUCGAAAUUGUUUUAUCAUAAGGAGCUAGAAGUUUGUGCGGAUACUUCAGUAGUAACUUCUUUGUUGCAUUGGGGGAAAUUGCCCAGGAAGGGAUUUCCAUUAAUUUUUCAUGGAAUAAGGGGCAGUGAAACACGUGAAGGUCACAGUCCUUCAUGGUUUAAUCCAACUGAAGCAGUUCAAGUAAUGCAGUACUGUUGCCACCUUGCUAAAAAUGAGAACGCUGCAGUGUCAGUGACUGAUAUUGGAGUGAUUACACCAUAUCGUAAACAGGUGGAAAAAAUUAGAUUUCUUCUGAGAAGUAUUGAUUUGGCAGACAUUAAAGUUGGCACAGUAGAAGAGUUUCAAGGGCAGGAGUACAUGGUUAUCAUCUUAUCCACAGUGCGAUCUCAUGAAGGCUUAUUUGGUGAUGACAAAUACUGUUUGGGCUUUCUCUCUAACCCAAAGAGAUUUAAUGUAGCAAUUACUAGAGCAAAAGCUUUGCUGAUUGUCGUGGGAAAUCCUCAUGUUCUUGUGAAAGAUCCCUGUUUUUGUGCACUGUUAGAAUACAGUUUAAUGAAUAGAGUUUAUGUGGGUUGUGACCUGCCUUCGGAGCUGGAAUGCCUGAAGAAGUGUGACUAGUUUUUCAGUGUUCAAGAUGCAUUCGGUCCUCAUCUGUUUUGAAACUAAGAAUACUUCACAGAAAUUCGGUCCUGAGCAAAUCCAGCACCUUUUGUCCUCAGGGAAAGGCACGUGUUCUGAAAUGGUUGGAAGUUUCUCCAAACAAGAUUUUUAAUACUUUUUUUAAGAAUUGAAAAAGUUGAAAUUUAACAGUAUAAAAUAGUAGUGGCAACUUACUUGCUUUUCUGUUUAAAAUGUAUAUGACUUUAUGCCUCUGCAUAGAACAGUAUGCCUGAAUCCUCCAAGCUUCAGAAGAAAAAUAUUGAUGAACUCUUAUGUUAGCUUUUCUUUAUUCUAUAAUUUUUUCAGCUUCUCAAUUUUCUCAGACUUUUGUAGUGCCUCCUAAAACUGGACCAUCCCAGGAACAUAUAUGUGUCUUGUAAUUUUGUUAUGGGAGUGUUACAGUAAUGUAUCCACGAUGUGAAGUGGAAUGAUACAUGAAUAUCUCCACUUUACUGAUAUUGAGUAUCUCAAGCCAAGCAUGCUUAAAAACCCUACUUCCAGUUUUUAAGGCCUUUAUAUAUACAGCUGAGAUCACAUAGGAUUUUCUUAGUUUUCCACUGCAGUCCAGCUAUCUGCUGUAGUGUAUGUCAAAACAAUGCCUCAAA